AUGAGCUUUGCAAAAUGGCCACGCGCCGUGCGAUUUGCCAGAAGCGUUCACAAUUUACCCUCUCAUGCAGAGAUCGUGGCCAAGUUCGACUUCCAGAAGCCUACGCACUCCAUCAAUGAGAUUAACCAGAAGUUUGAUUCGCUACGGCACCAGACCAUUGUCCUGAAUGGAUGGCUCGACAGAGCUCCUCGAAAAUUAUCGUCCAAGCUGAUUUUCGCUUCUUUGAGGGAUACAAAGUCAAACUAUGCUGAUAUCGUUUGCAAAGAUCAGAAAGUAGCAGAGAAGCUGGCUUCCAGAAAGCCCGAGGACGUGAUUAGUGUUAGCGGGACUGUUCAACCGAAAAAAUCAAAAGACGGGUCCACAGACUCGUGGGAGCUGGUUUUGCAAGACAUUAAGCUGCUGAACGCCGCAGAUAUCCAAACCAUCCAGCUUGAUUCGUUGAAACACGCCAAUAGCCAGUAUCCUCAGGAAUACAGAUAUCUCCAGCUGAGACAGCCACAAUACCAGAAAUCCUUGCGCACAAGGGCUUUGGUUGCUUCUGUGGCACGUAAAGUUCUGGAUAAACGGGACUUUGUUGAGAUUGAGACUCCACUGCUGUUCAAGUCCACUCCUGAAGGAGCCAGCGAGUUUCUGGUCCCAACACGGAAGCAGGGCCAUUUCUACGCCCUACCGCAGUCUCCUCAGCAGUACAAACAAUUGCUGAUGGCCAGCGGGUUUGAGAAGUACUACCAAAUAGCCAGAUGUUUCAGAGACGAGGAUUUGCGUGCGGACAGACAGCCGGAAUUUACCCAGAUUGACUUGGAGAUGUCUUUUGCAAAGAAACAGGAUGUUAUGGAGACCGUGGAGAACCUUGUUACGGAGAUCUUCAAGGAGUCCAGAAACCUGAGCCUGCUGACCUUAACAGACGACAACUCUGCGGUGGUUGACUCCAAGACUAACGGAAUAAAGCUUUUGAGCUACUGGGACGCAAUGCACUAUUUCGGUAUCGACAAGCCGGAUCUGCGCUCCAGUUUGAAGUUCGAGCUGUUGGAUGAACAUUUCGAAAGCAACGGAAUUGUGCAAGGAGUGGUUCUUCCAGAUGCACUGAAAGUGGACGGAAUAGAGAGUUUGAUUAAUUCUGCUGACUACACGAACCGGAAACCGUUCGUUGCCAAAAUAGAGACAGAAAGCGAUCUUGCCAACUGGCACAAACAGUCUCCGUUUGUUUUCAAAGGCGAUAUCAACCAAUUAAAUGCAAAACUGAACGUCAAGGUUGGAGACGUGGUUGCACUGGGAGACAUGGUUUAUCCCGACAAGAAAAACCAUCGUCACGUAUACGAGAACCCUAGUCCGUUGGGAAGGUUUAGACAGCUGGCUAUCCAACAAUUCCCCGAGCUCUGGAGACACAACUGUGGUCUAAAGCCUGAAGACACGUUUGUUGCCUGCUGGGUGGUGAAUUUCCCGCUUUUCUCUCCAACCGAAGACCCGAAAUCCAAGGGAAAAGAAUACCCUGAGUACCUGGAAAACACUUAUGAAGCCACGCAUCAUCCCUUCACCAUGUUUGAUCUUAGUCAGGGAGUUACUCCGUCCUUGGGAAACGUUUUGGAUAUUAAUGGAGAACACUACGAUUUGGUCAUCAACGGCGUUGAAGCAGGCGGAGGAUCCCAAAGAAUUCACGACGCACAACUUCAAAGAUACAUCUUGAAAGAAAUCCUGAACAUACAGAACGCAGACGAGCUCUUUGGCCAUCUGCUUAGAGCAUUAGAUAGUGGCUGUCCACCACAUGCUGGCUUUGCCCUGGGUUUCGACAGACUGUGUUCUAUGAUUGUUGGAUCCAACAACAUUAGAGACGUGGUCGCGUUCCCGAAAACACAAACAGGCGCCGAUCCUGUUGUUGGCUCGCCCAGCAGAGUCGACCAGACAACCUUGGCCAGCUACCAUGUCCGGUGUACGGAUGUGUGA